AUGCCCCAGCCGCAGCACACGAGGGUGGUAGAACCACCCCCGAGGCCGAAAAGAAGCCUGCUAACUAGCCAGCCCUCUCAUCACAGCAACACUCAUACCGCCAGUGUCAGCAAUCAGACAAGCCAAACAAGUGCUUGGUCUGCUCCUGCUCCUGCUCCUGCUCCUGCUCCUGCUCCUGCUCCUGCUCCUGCUCCUGCUCCUGCUCCUGCUCCUGCUCCUGCUCCUUCUCCUUCUCCUGCUCCUGCUCCUGCUUCUUCUCCUGCUCCAGCUCCAGCUCCAGCUCCAGCUCCAGCUCCAGCUCCAGCUCCAGCUCCAGCUCCAGCUCCAGCUCCAGCUCCAGCUCCAGCUCCAGCUCCAGCUCCAGCUCCAGCUCCAGCUCCAGCUCCUGCUCCAGCUCCUGCUCCUGCUCCAGCUACAGCGAUGCCAACUCGGACUUCACCAAGACAGCAUAGAAUUUACCAAGGUUAUGACGACCUGCGACAACAGCAACCGUCUGCUUGGACCAGUGCCAACCGUCCUGCGGCCACACAGCCUGCUCAAGCUGCACACACUUCUCCCUACCAGUCGGCGGCACAGCUUUCUCGGGCCAAGAGUCGGCAGAGCAACCGAUCUCCGACCCCUGUGAACAAUGCCUCGCGCCAGCCUCAGCCGACGCAGUCAGUGACAAAUACCUCGGGUUACUCUGCUACUCAGUCCUCACAACAGACAACUCAGCCAGAUUCGACGUCGACCUCGACACAGGGCUACAACUACAACCAGUACUCGAACACUGCCAGCGCAAGUGCUUCAAGAGCCGAUCCGUCUAAUGACCGCAUAGGCUACCAGCCCUAUUCCAGCACACCGGCAGCGCCAAGUACGAACACGACCUCCUUCUCAAACUUUGACAAGGCGCUCGAGAAUUAUAACCAAACAAACCACAUGACCUCAUCAACCAGUCAUUCGACACCGGUAUCUCAGAACGUAGCCUCCUCUUACACCACAGCGGCAGAUGUCACACCCAGCGCUUCCCAAUGGGGAACUACUUCGACUUCUCAGACCCGGAACUCUCACAACUACAACACCAAUCAAUCUGCUUCCAGUAACAACUCUUACACCCAACAAUCCCAGGCAGUUCAGGGGUUUAACAUGCGUCCUCAGCCGCCGACAAUGCAGACUAGGAGCUCAACGGCGACGUAUGCGCAGCAAUCUCAGCAGCAUCACCAGCAGCAGGCACAGCGUCAUCAGCAGCAACAGCAGCACACCCAACAACCACAACAACAAACCCAGCAGCAUCAACAGCAGAGUUAUAAUACGUACUCUAACCAACCGCAGCAGCAUACGAGUAACAAUCAGCAGCAGAAUUGGUAUGGUUUUCAGAGUGGGAAUAAUGCCUCGUCGGCGUACAGCUCUGCGACUGCGGCGGCGGCUGGUGGGAGCGGGGGUUACUCGGGAAGUGGGGUGAGUCAUGCUCAUGGGGGAGGUCAUGGGGGAGAAAGUCAUGGGCAGCAGCAUCGGUCGAUGAAUUUGUCGAGUCAUACUUAUAGCAGUAUUGAUGGGGGGGAGCAGGCGUUGUAUGAUUUGUUGAGAAAUAAUCCUACAGGGUAG